AUGGCGGCACCAAAGAUGACCAAGAACCAGAUGCGCCGCGCCAAGAAGAAGGAGCAGAAGAAGGCACAGGCAGAGGUGAGUGCGCCGCUGCGGCCCCAACCCCAUACUCUGAGCUCGAAGCUGACGGCGCCUGUUUUCCCCCCUUACCUACAGACCACCACCACCACAACAACGACACCCGCCGACUCGGCCGACGAGAAGCCGCGGGAGGCCCCCGCAGCAGAGACCUCGGCUGCCGACCUCGCCGUGAAAGAUGGCCCCGGCGUGAGCGACACAGACGGACCCGACGGCUUCGACGGUGAUGUCGAGACGAGUGAUCCCGCCUUUGCGGAAUUUGAAGACAUCAUGAAGCGAUUUGGCCGCGUCGCAGAGGACGAAGAGGCGCCAAAAGAGGAGGCCGUCUUUUUCGACCAGGACGACGACAUCCCCAGCGAGGACGAGGAGACGGGCCAGCCGAAGCUGUCCAAGAAGAAGCGCAAGCAGCUCAACAAGCUGUCCGUGGCCGAGCUCAAGGCGCUCGUCAAGAUUCCCGAAAUCGUCGAGUGGCAGGACGUCUCGUCGUCCGACCCGCGCCUGCUCGUCCAGAUCAAGGCCCAGCGCAACGUCGUGCCCGUGCCGCCGCACUGGUCCCUCAAGCGCGAGUACCUGUCGUCGAAGCGCGGCAUCGAAAAGGCCCCCUUCCGCCUGCCCAAGUUCAUCGCCGAGACGGGCAUCACCGAGAUGCGCGACGCCGUGCUGGAGAAGCAGGAGCAGCAGAGCCUCAAGCAGAAGCAGCGCGAGCGCGUCGCCCCCAAGAUGGGCAAGCUCGACAUUGACUACCAGCGCCUCUACGACGCCUUUUUCCGCUUCCAGACCAAGCCCGAGCUCACGCGCUUCGGCGAGGUCUACUACGAGGGCAAGGAGAGCGAGGUCGACUUUCAACACUUCCGCCCCGGCGACCUGAGUGACGCCUCCAAAGACGCCCUCGGCAUCCCGCCCGGCGCGCCCCCGCCCUGGCUCAUCAACCAGCAGCGCUUCGGGCCCCCGCCCUCCUAUCCCACCCUCAAGAUCCCCGGCCUCAACGCCCCGCCCCCGCCCGGCGGCUCCUGGGGUUUCCACCCCGGCGGCUGGGGCAAGCCACCCGUCGACGAGUUCAACCGGCCCCUGUACGGCGGCGACAUUUUCGGCCUCGCCGGCCAGCCCGGCCAGCCCGGCGGCCCAGGCGGCCCAGGCGGCCAGCAGCAGCAGCAGCAGCAAGCGCAGCAGGUCGCUCUGCCUCAGGCCGCCGGCGAGCCCGUGGAGAAGACGCUCUGGGGCGAGCUCCAGCCGCGGGACGAAGAGUCAGAAGAGGAGGACGAGUCGGAAGAGGAGUCGGACGAGGAGGACGAGGCCGACGAGGCCGACGAGGACACGGCCGCCGCCGGUCUCGAGACGCCGGCGGGUCUCGCCUCGAGCGUGCCGACCGAUUACGCCGGCCCGGGCAUCGAGACGUCCGUCGCCGGCGAGAUGGACCUCCGCAAGGCGCGCCGCGGCUUCGACACGGAGGAGAGCACGCACCCGCGCGCCGCGUACCAGGUCAUCCCCGAGCGGCAGCAGCGCACCGAGGGCUUCUUCGGCAGCGACCGCGUCUACGACCUGCAGCAGCACGGUGGCGUGCCCGUGCUCGGCCAGGACGACGACAGCGGCCGCAAGCGCAAGAAGCCCGGCGACAUUGACGUCGCCCUCGACCCCGACAGCCUGCAGAGCCACGACGGCAUCUCCAAGGACGAGCUGCGGCGUCGCUUCGAAGAGGGCAAGAAGGAGGACGGCAUCGGCGCCAAGUGGGCCUACGAGGAGGACUUGUCCGAGAUGAUCGCCCAGGAGUCGAGGAAGAGGCAAAAGGUCGACGAGAAGCGCACCGACAAGAAGAAGGAGAGCAAGUACAGGUUCUAA